AUGUCAAAAAAUCCAUUGUUAUUCAUUUGUUACGAUGGUGAAAUAUUAUAUGACGAAAAAGAUUUUAUAGUUUUUAGAUCCGGGCAACCGAUAUUCACUUAUAUGACACCGAAGAUUGACAGUUUAACAGCUUUGAAGAAUUUAAUAUUGCAUUCCGUCGGACAGCAAGAAGAAAAAAGGAUGAAAAAGAUUUACUAUAGAUAUCUGACCGAAGUAGAUGGCAGGUUGUUUUAUAAAAGUUACCGUUUGCGCGACGACGAGGACGUAUGGCUCAUAAGGUCGUGGCACAACCGAUGGACAAAUAUUCAUCUGUUGAAAUUAUUCGUGUAUCUCGUUGAGGUGGGUGGCCGAGGAUCAUCUGCAGAUACUGUCGAUAAUAGUCCGUUGAGUGGAGCUGUUAGACGUACUAUCAGAAGGACUAUGGUGGACCUAAAUAUGCGACCCGAGGGGAGCCAGGAGGGGUCUAAUGUUGAAGCUUGUAAUGUUGACUUGAUGGACGAUGGGGUUGAAAGUCAUGAUGGUUCUGCUAUUAGAGAUCUGAUGAUGGAUCAAUAUGAAGUUAACCCCGAUGACGUAGACGAUGGCGAUGAAGAACCAGCUAAAAUUCCCGAUGAUGGUGACGAGGAAGAAGAGAUGAAUUACUACAGUGACACUCAUAUCGCUCUUACACAGCCCGCCAUCUCUCGACCAUAUGACCGGCCGGAUCAUUUCACGAGGUUGAAUCUCGAUGCAAUGAUUUCGGAUUGGUCGUUUACCCAGGGAGGCCCUGAAGAGGAUCCAAGUAAUGAGUUUGAGGUUGGGCAACAAUUUAAAGACAUGGAAGAAGUGAUGUUGGCAGUUAAGCAGUACAACAUUAGAAGGGCUAUGGAUUAUAAAAUAGUAGAGAGUGACCAGUUGAGGUACAAUGCACAGUGUAUCCAGUUCGGCACCAGUUGUAAUUGGAGCAUACUCAUAUCGUAUCGUCGGAAGCAAGAAAAGUGGGAGGUUAGGAGAUACAAGGGGGCUCAUUCUUGCAUGAAAACUUCGAUGGGACAAGACCAUGGUAGGUUGGAUUUGAAGGUGAUUGCACAAUACAUCUUCACGAUGGUCAAAGCUAAUCCAACAAUCAGCAUCAGGGUUCUCCAAAGAGGUGUGGAGAAUCACUUUGGUUACAAGGCGUCCUACAGAAAGGUUUGGCUUGCAAAACAAAGAGUGAUUGCUAGAAUAUAUGGUGAUUGGGAAGAAUCAUACAACGAGCUUCCUCGUUAG